UUCAUCGUUGCACACUCGCACGUGUGGGAUAACAUGGAUGAUCGUGAGUCGUUCGUAGGAAUUUCAUGAAUUUUGCCGGUAAUACCUGGACGAUUUUGCCGACACAGCCGCUCCAACUUGCCGGUCAUUCGCAGCAUUGCUAGCAUGACAGUAAAGGAGGUAAUUCUGGCCAAGCUGCAUUGAACCAGUAUAUGGCAGUCAGCCAGACAAACCGCUUUCUCUUCACUAGGAUCUUGUCUAAUUUCCCCAAGGAUAUGACGAUGGCAUUUGCCUAUGGAUCUGGCGUUUUUAAACAGAUUGCAAACAAGGACAAGGACAAUAUGAUUGACUUCAUCUUUGUGGUCAACGACGCCGCGGACUGGCACGCCCAGAACCUGAGGAGAAACCCUCAUCACUACUCAAGCCUGAGGCACCUCGGAGCUGAGAAGAUCGUCAGGAUUCAAGAUGAAAUUGGAGCGGGCGUGUACUACAACACGCUGGUCAGGUGUGAGGAUAAGUUAAUCAAGUAUGGAGUGGUCAGGCGCGACAGACUUAUCAGAGAACUGAUUGACUGGAAUACACUCUACCUCAGCGGCAGGCUACACAAACCGGUGAGCAUCGUCCAGCGCAGCAGCAGCCGAACGCUGUACAACGCCAUACGCAGGAACCUGCAGAGCGCCCUCUAUGCCAGCUUGCUGCAACUGCCGGAGUGUUUCACCGAGGACGAGCUGUUUCUGAAGAUAGCUGGCUUGUCGUACGGAGGGGAUUUUAGAAUGGUCUUUGGAGAAGACAAAAACAAAGUGAGGAACAUUGUCAGUGCCAACCUGGAUGGAUUCCGGACGCACUAUCAUGACAUGCUAGACAACACUGAACACAUCUACUGGGACCAGAAGAACAGAACAGUAGAGCAAGACAGGAGUCCCGCCUGUCUGUUUUCCCACCUGAGCUGCCUGCCCAAAAACCUGCAGCUGAGCAUCGCCCGAUUGGCCGGAGGGCCAUCACAUGACACAGGGGUGGUACUCCAGAGAAUAGCACGGGAGAAGGAAUGUUCAGAUCUUGUGGCACGAGGUGCUAGAAAUAUUGUGAGAACGUCCAGCAUAACGCAGAGCAUAAAAGGCAUCUUCACAGCAGGAAUCAUGAAGUCUGCCAACUACAGCCUACAGAAACUGGCAAAGAUGUGGAAGGGAGGCCUCCUGUUGCCAAGGUGACGAAAAAAGUCAAAGGUCACCCUGCUGCCAAGUUUGUCUGAAGUUCAAAAUCAGGGAUUAAGUGCCUGGAUGUUUUCAAUGUUCUUGUAGAAAGGUUUCGAGGAUUUCACUUGUAUUCCAGUCGUAAAAAAGACAGGUAUUUUUUAAUGCCAAUAGGCCAUUUGCGAGUUAAAUUUGAAUACAAUCUUGAACGCUGACUUAGUCCAAUGCUUUGCACGUUUUAACUUUGCAUUCUCCCGACCAAAGAGACUGUUACUUUAUUUUGUGAUUCGGGGCAAGCCUUUAUGCUAGCAACCCCCAGCUCCGGCAUGGUCUGGUGUCUUUGUUCCAUUCACGCCAAUUAAGAACAAUGUAUUGAUGCUGAGCGACUAUGCAAGAGCUUGCCCCGAAUCAUGUGAUUAGCAACAGUGUCUUUGGUCCGGAGAAUUCUAAGUUAAAAUCUGCCAAGCAUUCUGAGCAAGUCAGUGUACCAGAUGUUUUUCAAAUAUAAAUCCCAAAGGGUAUAGGUCACUCGCAAAUGGCUUAUUGGUAGACGAAAAACACGUGAGCAAUAAUUAAAAUUGCCAUUUUUUCCCCCAGACUGGCUUUUAAGGUCCAGGAUGCAGUGAGAUACACAGGGGGACAUGUGCAAGUUUUAAGAAGCCGUACAAAUCACACACUGUACAAAAUGUAUAAACUCAGAAAAAAAAAAUCAAAUUAUUAUAAUUCCUUUUGUAUUUUAUUAAAUAUAAACCGAUACAAAUUCAGUUGUGGGAAUUCGCUCCCCAUAUUACAAGUUCUCAUAGAUAUGAAUAUUACAAGAAUUACAAGAAAAUCAUACAAGAAACUGUAUUCUUCUGUUUUUUGCAUUUGGUUCUACUUCUAUUGUCUCUCCAAUCGUUUAAAACCAUAAAGCUAUAUUCAAAUUACUAGAGCGCUAACUUCGUGUACAAAGUAAUGCCUGCUGGGCGCAUCCAUGUUUGUGCAUGCACAAACCUAUGGAGAGCUAGAAAUUUUGUAUGGCUUUUGUACGGCUAUUUGCAU